AUGAAGAAUACGAAGACGCUAACAUGCCGUGCGGACAAGUUGUUUGUUAUUAAUCGUAAAGUUAAGGCGUGGCUGAAGUUGUACUGCAGAUGUCGCGAGGGUAUCUACACUGGACAGAGGAGCGCGCGCGGCCCUCACGCGACGCAGCCUACAUCCAGCGCGCCUUCUAAACACAUCUACCCACGGCUUAUUAUACGGUCGGACAUGAAAAAUCUUGCCUAUUUGCUGGCUGUCCCUAUCAGCGAACUCGUGGUACCUUUCAUCUCUCUAGUAGCCGCGGCCACACUGCUCUCGUGCACAACAGAAGGGCGUUCCGCCCGUACGUGGUCGGCGGGAGAUCGCGGGCGCAGAGAGUGCCGCCGCGCCCGUUUCCCCCACCACACACACCCACCCAUUCACUGUUAG